CGUCUGCAUUCAUCCUUCGUUGGUCCUUCAGCCCAACCCCAAGCCAGAAUGAGGGGAUUCGUGGUGUGCUGUCUGCUGGUGGCCGCGGCCGCGCCGGCCCUGUGCGGCGACAAGCUGGAGGAGGCCAAGAAGCAGGAGAAGCGCGGCCUGGCGGCGUCCCCGGCCCUCGCGACGGCGUCCCUCGGCGGUAUCUCGGGCUACAGCGGCUUCGGCGGCUACAGCGGCCUCUCCAGUGGCUACCUGGCUCCCGCUGGUUACGCCGGCAACCUCGGCUACUCCAACCUGGGCUACUCCAACCUGGGCUAUUCCAACCUGGGCUACUCCAACCUGGGCUACUCUAACCUUGGAUACGCUGGUCUCGGCCACGGCUACUCCGCCGGUCUUGGCUACAGCGCUCCCAUCGCCCACGCCGGCCAGCACACCGUCAGCACCGUCGACCAGGCCGUGCCCAUCAGCGUGCCCCAGCCCUACGCCGUGCCCGUGGACCGCCACGUCCCCGUGCCCGUGCCCCACGCCGUGCCCGUGGACCAGCCCCGCGCCGUGCCCGUGCCCCAGCCCGUGCCCGUGCCCGUGAGCGUGCCCCGCGCCGUCCCCGUCGACGUGCCCCGCGCCGUGCCCUACCCCCAGCCCUACGCCGUGCCCUACAAGGUGGCCCAGCCCGUGCCCUACAAGGUGGCCCAGCCUGUGCCCUACACCGUCAACCAGGCCUACCCCGUGCCCGUGCCCCAGGCCUACCCCGUGCCCGUUGAGCCCGUCAAGCAGAUCGCCUACAACCUGCCCGCCCCUCAGCUGUCAUACGCCACCUCCGCCGCCGCCGCCCCCACCUACAGCCUCAACGCCGCCGCCGCCGCCGCCCCCCACCACGACUACUCGGCGCACGCCGCCCAGGCCGCGCCCUCCUCCGUGUCGUACGCCGCCCAGAGCAUCAAGACCUCCUGGUAAACAGCCAGCGAGGCAGCGCCACCGCGCAUCCCCAAGACUGAUCGUCAUUCAUUUGUUACUUCAUCCUCAUCGUCAUCACGACAUUGUGCAACUAGUCUCAUUGUAAUGGUUGUUACUUCGUUAAUAGAAACGUUUCUAUAAUUUUUAA